AUGGAACUACAGUACGGUGCCGAUGGAACCCCAUUUGUGAUGUGGGGGGAGAAUAGAAUACAAUUGGAAGUAAAACUAAACUGUGAGGAGGUAGUUUUGAGAGAAAAAGCCAAAAAGGAAUUGAGGGAAACGCCCGAGAUAGUCGAACAGGCUCUUCGGGAGUUUCGAAAACUUUUAAAAAACAAUACGUCCCUUUAUGUUCCAAUAGAAAAAGAUGAGUUCCUGAUGAAGUUCCUGCGACCUUGUAAAUUUUAUCCUGAAAGUGCUCUCAAAAAGAUAGAAGCAUAUUAUGAGUUCAAACAAGCAAACCCUGACUAUUGCCAUGAUCUUCUCCCGUCAGUCAUUCGCUCACCUUACCAACAUUCAAUCGUAUCUAUUCUGGCACCAAGGGAUCAACACGGCCGUCGUAUUGUAUUAGUCGAAUCUGGAGAGAGAUGGAAUCCUCAAGACGUGCCCCUCACAGACGUGUUCCGUGGUAUUCAAAUGGGAUUGGAAAGUGCAAUGGUGGAACCUCAAACACAGAUCUGCGGUAUCAUAAGCAUCUUUGACAUGAAGGGUCUUUCCUUCAAACAUAUAAUGCAGUUCACGCCUUCAUAUGCGAAGAUGGUUCUUGAAUGGAUUCAGGAAUGCGUACCAAUAAGAGUGAAAGCAGUUCACGUGAUUAAUCAGCCUUACAUUUUCAACAUGCUGUUUGCCAUCUUCAAACCGUUCAUGAGGGAGAAGUUACGUUCGCGAGUCUAUUUCCACGGUACAAAUAUGGAGUCUUUGAUGAAGCAUGUUGAUCCCAAAGUGCUGAGAAAACGGCAUGGGGGACUAUUGCCGGAUCCUGAAAUUAGUGGAGACGUUCUGUGGAAAAUGCUACAUCAUUACGAGGAAGACUUUAAAUUGGCGGACUCCUACGGCUACACCAAGAUCAAUAACAAUAAAUAA